GGCGGAAGUUAGACGGAGACAAAAAAAAAGGGCUAAAAUUAGCAACACUUAAAGUGUGUUUAGUGUCGUCCAGUCGAUAAUCAAAAUGUUUAAAGAGUUAGUGAAGAAGCGACUAAUGGCGGCGGCCGAUGAAAUAUUUUCGGUGUUUGAAAGAACCAUAGUGUCGUACGAGAAUGAACUUUCUCGAAUAAAAGAGGAGAAGGAGCGAUAUCGACAACAACUGGAAGCUGUUAGCCAAACUCACUUUGGGCCACACGUUGAAGAUGUCCAGCAGCCGAGGAAGGGGGUAAGCUGCACAUUGAAGCAAGAGGAUCCACGGCCACAGGAUGUUAAAGAGGAAGAGGAAGAACUCCGUAUCACUCAGGAGAGAGAGUGUCUUCUAGGGCGAGAGGCGGCUGAUCCCGCCAAGUUUCCACUGGCUGUUGUUCCUAUGAAGACUGAAGAUGAUGGAGAGAAACCACAAGCAGACAACCUCUUAGCUCCGCUAUCAGAUAGGGACGAUACAACGUCACCCUCUCCUCAGAAUGAAGAGAGGGACGACACCCACGAGCCUUUGAGCAGCGAUACGGACUGUGAAGGUGAUAUAAGGACUGAUACUGACGACAAACCCUCUGAAUGCUCUGAAAAAGGCAAAGACCGUUUAACCUGCUCAGUUUGCGCGAAAAGAUUUCCUAAAAAGGGGGAUUUGACUCGACACUUGCGGACACACACUGGAGAAAAACCUUUCAGUUGCUCAGUUUGCGAUAAACGAUUCCCUCGAAAGUCAAGUAUUAUAAUCCACAUGAGAACGCACACAGGGGAAAAACCUUUUAGUUGCUUGUUUUGUGGUAAAGGAUUCUCCCAAAAUGUAGCAAUGGUGUCACACAUGAGAACGCACACUGGUGAAAAACCCUUUAGUUGUUCAGUUUGUGAAAAAAGAUUCUCUCGUAGGUCAUAUAUGGUAUCGCACACGAGGACGCACACAGGGGAAAAACCACAUUCUUGUUCAUUUUGUGCUAAAACAUUUACACGACACAACAACUUAAUGACACACAUGCAAACCCACAAUGGAGAAUAACACUUUUCCUGUUCUAAAAUAUUGACAAGUCAUAGAAGUGUAUGAUGUCACAUGCGAAAAGUCACCCAGAAGGUAAUGAUCUGCUGUAUGUACCAUAUCAGGAUCCUUCAUGAGUUCCAAGUUUGUGUACUGCUAAGAACAGUAGCUCAGGGGCCGAUCUGCUCUACACGCAGAACAUAGGCCGUGUGUAGUGGCCCAGGAUCUGUUGGGGGGGCCGUUGGCGUGAAGAAGCGCAUGUAAAAUGUCAAAUAAUGAAUGACAGAGCGCUUCAAAUGAAAUGUUACUGCUCUGUAAGGCAGUAUGUACAGGGUUUGAUUCGCAGUCUGUAAGAUGUCCAAAUGUAUUUUUUUACUGAAAGUGGACUUAUUAUGCAAAACUAACUUUUUUUCACCUACUGGUACCUGUUUUUGUGUGUUUGAGA